AUGGAAAAAAUUUAUAUAAAAGUAUUUGAACUAUCAGAAUUAAAUAGCAAUGAUUAUUCUACUUACUACAUAAAAGUUUAUUGGAAAAAUAAAAAAUACAAAAGUUCUAAAUUGCGUGGUUUAACAUAUAAAUUUAAUGAAGAGUUUAUAAUUCCUUUAGAAAAAUCGGAAGAUGAUAAAGAAAAACUUUUUAUUGAAGUAUGGGUAAGUGGAUUAGUAAAUAGAAAAGUAGCUUACACUUUUUUUACACUUCAAUUUAUCAGAAAAGAAAGAAUAAUUAAACAAAAAAUAAAUUUGAAAGAUGUUUUAAAAAUGUGUAGCUUAGAUUUAUCCGUUUUUAUAAUUAAAAAUGAAAGUGACAUAAUAUUUUAUAAUAUACAAGAAAGAUUUCCUAAUAAAACAAAUAAAGAAAUAAAAGAUUCUAUUUUAAAAAAUUAUAAUGAGAAGGACACUAUAAUUGAUCUUCAGAAAGGGGAUUUUGUUAAUGUAGAUACUUCACAAAAAAAUAGAUAUAUGCAUUUUCAAAGAAAUAUGCAAUAUCAAAAUGAUAUUCCAUUGGUGGAUAAUAUACAUGAGUUACCAAAUGCAACAUAUAAUAUGAUACCAAAUACAUAUAAUAUAAAUCCUCCUUUAGAUGUAUACAAUGGCUAUAAUUAUAACAAUGCAAAUAAUAGUAAUAUUUUCAAUCCAGUUACUAAUAAAAUGAAUUAUCCAUUAAAUAAUGUAAGUAAUUUAAAUAGUGUAAAUAAUUUAGAUAAUAAUAACAGAAAUACUUUUCUACCUAAUCCUGUGUAUUAUACAGGAAAUUCUAUGCCAUCUCCUUAUUCAGAAAAAAUUCUCUAUUUUUCUUCAGGAAACAAAAAAAAAGCUUUAUUGAUAGGAAUAAAUUAUUAUGGUACUAAGUAUGAAUUAAAAGGGUGUGUAAAUGAUACAUUAAGGAUGAAAAAUUUACUUAUAUCAAAAUACAAUUUUUAUGAUUCAUCAAUGACUAUGAUAAGAUUAAUUGAUAAUGAAAGUAAUCCAAAUUAUAGGCCUACAAAAAAAAACAUUUUGUCAGCUUUAGCAUGGUUAACUACAGAUAACAAACCAGGAGAUAUAUUUUUUUUUCUAUAUUCUGGGCACGGUUCACAACAAAAAGACUAUACAAAUAUAGAAGAAGAUGGAUAUAAUGAAACGAUACUCCCAUGUGAUUUUAAAUCAGAAGGAGAAAUUAUUGAUAAUGAUUUGCAUAGAUAUUUAAUUCAACCAUUAAAUGAUGGAGUGAAAUUAAUAUCUGUUGUUGAUUGCUGUAGCUCAGGAACUUGCUUAGAUUUAGCUUAUAAAUAUAAAUUAAAGUCAAAAAAGUGGAAAGAAGAAAAAAAUCCAUUUCAUGUUGUUUGUGAUGUUAGUCAAUUUAGUGGGUGUAAAGAUGGAAAAUACGCAAAUGAAAUUGAUAAUAAAAGUAAUGCACCUGGAGGAUCAUUGGUUACAUCAAUGAUACACAUUUUAAACACAAAUAAAAAUUAUAUAACAUAUGAAUACUUACUGCAGAAUAUAAAUAACUAUAUUAAGACAUAUAAUAAUCAAAAAAUAUGUUUUAUGAGUUCACAAAAAUUUAGUUUAGACAGAAUAUUUGAUUUUGAACAUAUUCUGAAAAAUAAAAACGAAAAAUUAGGACUUGUUCUUAAUAGUUACAUUAAAAUAAAGGAAAAAAAAAAAAAAAAAUUUUAA